CGGCUCCUGGUUGCUUUACGGCAGAGCGUCGCCUUUUCCCCUAAGAAACAUGGCGUCCGGGUUUGUAAGCGAGCGGAGCUUGGCGGCGCAAAAGGAAGAGAGGCGCCGCCAGCGCAAGGCGCUGCUCGAGCAGGUGAAAGGCCCGGCCUGGCUGCAAAAGCUGAUUAUGAAAAAAAAGAGCGAAAGGAAGAAUUGAAACGACUUCGGGGGGAAGAUACAUGGAUGCUCUCUGAUGUGAAUGAUCGUUUAGAAGACUUAAGAAAAGAACACUCUGCUACAAAAAAGAAGAAAAAGGAGAAGCAUUCCAAAAAACAUAAAAAAGAAAAGAAGAGGAAGAAGGAUAAAGUAGAAAAAAACAAUGAAUCAUCGGGUAGCACUUCCGAUUCUUCAGAGGAGUGGGUGGAGGCUGCUGUACCAGAGUCUUCGAAAACAGAAAAGACAUGGAAGGUGAAAAAGGAACAAUCAGACAAUGCAGAAAAUCCUGUGGCAGUUCAGAGGGAUGAAUGGAUGACCUUAGAUUUUAUGUCUGUCAAAACAUUGUCUUCAGCGUUGCUGAAGGCUGAAAAGCAGAAGGAAAAAUUAUUGGAACAACAGAAAGCCCAAGCACAUGAACAGUCUCUGCUUGCUGAAAGAGAGCUCAACCCAUAUUGGAAAGAUGGAGGCACAGGCUUACCACCACAAGAAGUAACAUCAUCAACAAAAGUGGCAGGAGUAGAAGAUGGUGGGUUAGGUUGGCUGAGGAAAUCUUACCAGAGAAUGAAAGAACAAUCUGAGAGAGAAAAACGGGAUUUGGAUGAAAUUGUAGCUGAAAGAUAUGGGUCUGUGGAGCUAUUUCAUUCAAGAUUGGAAGAAGCGGAGGCUUCUGCAGCCCAAAAAGAAAAAGGCUGGAAAAAAAGUUCUUAUUCAAGAACAGAAUGUAGUAUGAGGCAGAAAGAUGCAAGAGACAAGCAAGAAGAAAGCAGCGCAGAAAGACAUUCAUAUAAAGAACAUUCUAAGGAAAGAUAUAAUGAUGAUUAUUCGCCAAGAGAGAGAAGUUCCAGAAGAGACAAACUAACAGAAGACAGAGAACCAAGACAGAGUAAUAAGGAAUCUGCACUAAAAGACUUUUCUUAUAGAACUGCAAAGGAUUCUAAUAUGAAAAAUUAUGAGAGCCCCUUUUUGAAACCAUUAAAAGCUAUGUUCUUGAAACCUGAUGAUGAUAACAACCAAAAAAGCAAGCCACUGCGUCCUUCAUCCCAAUUUGUUACUCCUGGUUCUAUGGGUUAUGGUUUCAGAAAACCUGGCGAUGACGAUGAGGCUAUUCCAAGAUGGCGUAAAGCACAACCAAAGGAACAAAUUGGAAAGGCAACUGUUGAUGAAAAAACAUCUAGAAAUGAGAAUACUGUUAUGAGUGAGGAGGAGAACAAUCCAAGAGACAAACAAGAAGAAAUACAAGAGGACACUUUGGGGAAAAAGGAGGUGUUAGACAGCAAAUCAUCAUAUUCAGGGCCUUUUUCAGAGGAUGAGAAUUCCCAUAUUCUUAGUGAUGAGGACAUGAACAAACUGGGAGCUAGAAUUGUAAAAGCAGAAUUAAUGGGAAACAAGGAUUUAGCUGCAAAACUUCAGGCUCAGCUUGACAAUGCACGUAACAUGAAAAACAAUGGAGCACGAAUACGAGCUAAAGAGUCUGAGAGGGAGACCACAGGCUCUCAAGAAGAACAUGAAGUUGUCCUGGUUAGAACUGAUAAAACUGGAGGAGCUUGGCCUGUUAAUGCUCCACAUGAAUCGUUCGAGUCUACAGGUAGAAGAAGGAAAAAGCAGAUCACGACUCAUGUCGACAAGGAAAGGGUUCGGUAUUUUCAAGAUGAUGAUAAUCUGAGCCUGAAGGAUUUGGUCAAAAAUGAAAAGAUGAGAACAGCAGAGGAUCAAAAUAGGCUUUUCAUGAGAAUGGCUUCAAAGUUUUCAGAUAAAACCGAUAGAGACUACUACACUCUGGAUGACAUGUUUGUUUCCAAAGCAGCAAAGGGUGAACAGAGUGGGGUAGAGGAGGGAAGGCAGAGGAGCCAAGCCAUCCAUGAGCAUCGGCAACUUGCUGCACGUAUGGAAAAAUGCCCUCACUGCUUCGGUAGUGCUGAGCUUCAAAAACAUCUCAUUAUUGCAAUUGGAAACAAGGUAUACUUAUCAUUGCCAAACUACCAGUCCCUUACUGAAGGGCAUUGCCUAAUAGCUCCUAUGCAGCACUACAUUGCAGCCACUCUUCUGGAUGAAGACAUCUGGGAUGAAAUUCAGGCAUUCAGAAAAACUUUGGUAAAAAUGUUUGAAGCUCAGGAACUGGACUGUGUCUUUCUUGAGACAAACCUAAGCAUAAAGAAACGUUAUCACAUGGUAUAUGAAUGCAUCCCUCUUCCAAAGGAGAUUGGAGACAUGGCCCCCAUCUACUUCAAGAAAGCUAUAAUGGAAUCUGAUGAAGAAUGGUCCAUGAAUAAAAAACUGAUUGAUCUGUCUUCGAAAAAUGUCCGCAAGUCGGUUCCAAAAGGUUUGCCCUACUUUUCUGUGGAUUUUGGUCUCCAAGGGGGCUUUGCUCAUGUCAUUGAAGAUCAACACAAGUUCCCUAUUUAUUUUGGAAAGGAAAUCAUUGGUGGCAUGCUGGAUUUAGAGCCCAGGCUUUGGAGAAAAGGUCUGCGGGAGAACUUUGACGACCAGAGGAAGAAGGUGCUGCAGUUUGCUCAGAGAUGGAAACCGUUUGACUUCACCAAAAGCAAAGAGUGAAGAUGCAGAAACAAUGCUUUGACAUUUACACUAGCUGGACUUGCCAGGAAAUUAUCACAAGCCAUUAAAUUCAUCCUCCUUACAGAGAAACUCAUAUUAAAGAUGGCAGGGAUAUUUUACUACUUUUUAUGAACACUUUUAAAGGGGGGGGGGAGGGGGAUAGUUCUUUAAAACAGCAGUAAGAAACCGAACUAUGAGUUAUGUUCAUUUUCAGUGCCACAAAUGGAAAAUUAAAUCCUUAAUGAAAUCGAUGCAAAGCGUGUUUACAAUUGUUCCUCUGGCCCUCUAUACUAUUUGCCAUUAUUUUCCAUAGAAUGCUGACUUGGUUUGUGCAGACCACAGUGCCAUGAGCUUUUAAUUCAGUACUUCAUUGUUGACAAGUGCCCAGUGUAGCAAGGAUUAGAGACAACUUACCGUAUAUACUUGAGUAUAAGCCAACCCAAAUAUAAGCGAGGCGCCUAAUUUUACCACAAAAAAACUGGGAAAAUGUAUUGACUCGAGUAUAAGGGUGGGAAAUGCAGCAGCUACUGGUAAAUUUUAAAUUAAAAAUAGAUACCAAUAAAAUUACAUUAAUUGAGCCAUCAGUAAGUUAAAUGUUUUUGAAUAUUUACAUAAAACUGUAAGAUAAGACUGUUUAGAUCUGAUUAAACUUCUUCAAUGUAAAUGUGCUUACGUAUCCAUCCAAUAAUCACCAUAGUUUAUUUUAACUAUACAUUUUGGAGAAAAUGCUGGGUGUAUAUGAAUAAGGAAAAGUGGGAAAGACUGGCUCCAAGAGAGGAGAUGAGGAAGGCAUGUGCUACACUGAGAGAGGAAAGGAAAACAAAGGAUUGUUGAGAAAGCUUCAGUGGCGACCUUUUCCCUUGACAAGGGUAGAUUUCUCUCACUUCCUGUUGUCUCAUCCCUGUUCUUAACUAUGAGUUGUUUGUAAGUUGGAUGUUUGUAACUCGAGGAUUGCCUAUAUUUGGAGGCCUAAGUGAAUAAGUACUUGAAAGCAUACAACAGCAACCAAACACAUUUUUAUUCACAUUAAUUUUGCCAGUCGAGUUUUUUUUUAUUUGAUUCAUUGUGCCUGCACAGAAGUUAAUAGUUGGGUUAUUUGAAAAUAGGUGGUGCAGCAGGUUAAACCGCUGAGCUGCUGCUGACCAGAAGGUUGGUGGUUCGAAUCCGGAGAGUGGGGUGAGUUCCUGCUGUUAGCCCCAGCUUCGGCCAACCUAGCAGUUCGAAAACAUGCAAAUGUGAGUAGAUUAAUAGGUACAGCUUCUUCAGGAAGGUAACAGCACUCCAUGUAGUCAUGCUGGCCACAUGACCUAGGUGUCUAUGGACAAUGCCUAUCUCUCUUAGCCUAAUAUGUAGCAUUCCAUAGUAGGAAGCUUAACACACAGAAGAACAAAGAAAGGUUCAGGGAAAGCAAAGAGAAAUUUACAGUAACAGAAUCUUGUGAUACAUUUGGGAAUAGUUUGGCCCUAAUUGGUAAUAUUGAAAGCCAGGAAUUUCCCAGUGGGAGGAAAUUACUGAUAUUGUCCCUGGAGAGAAGGUUUGGGAAUGCUUGUUUUGUUUCGUGUUAAACGUAGCCAAAAUAAAUACUUAGAAACCAAGGUAGCUCUUGGGAUAGCUCAGCAAAUAGUUGUCCUAUCCAGCAAGGAGGAAGGGCGCAGAAUUUCCAAAGGCUACAAUGUCACAGCUUUUUUCACAUUCUUUUAAAGAUAUACAACAAAAGCUUCCAAACAAAUUCCCUUUAGAAGUUCCUGAAUGCAACAUGUUUAAUGUCAUAGGAAAUAGCAUCAAAUCCAUCUACAAGCUCCCAGUGAAGCAUAUUAUUAUUAUUAUUAUUAUUUUGCAUAUGAGAACGAGGAGUACAGAUUGAGUAUCACUUACCUGAAAUGUUUUGGACCAGAAGUAUUUUGAACUGUUUUUUGAGGGAGGGGAUUUUGGAAUAUUUGCAUAUGAAUUUUGUGUUCAGAUAUGGGCCCCACCUCCCAGAAGUCUCAUUAUUGGAGGCUUUUAAACAUAGGCCGGAUGGCCAUCUGUUGGGGGUGUUUUGAAUGCAAGUUUCCUGCUUCUUGGUAGGGGGUUGGACUGGAUAGCCCACGAGGUCUCUUCCAACUCUAUGAUUCAUUUAUACUUAAUAUAUAUCUUAUAGAAUAUCCCGAGGAGACCAUGUUCAACAUUUUAAUCAUGUUAUAUUUGUGCACAGUGAACCACCAGAAAGCAAAGAUGUCAUUAUCUCAGCCACCCAUGUGCACAGUUUUGGAUUUUGGAGCAUUUCAGAAUUUGAGAUAAGGGGCAUUGAAAAUUGAUUUCAGUUUUAACCUUUAGACAUUCCUGUCACUGGCUGUAAACCUCUGCAUUCCACAUAACAGUCUAUGAAAUUUAUUUUGUGAAAGAUAAGUAUAUAUAGUUAACAUCUAGUUAAGAAUAUACUAAAAAUGUACAUUGACCUUAGUAAAUUUGUCCAAAACAUGACCCUUUAGAUAGCUGUAUGUAAAUAAGUUUGGAAGCAUGCAAUUCUUCUCUCUUUGUCUGACACAGUUAUGUUUCACAACUGCUGCAUUCCUUACACUCUGGAAUGACAUCAACAGAACACUGCUGCUAUUGCCAAAAAAAUGUACUUUGACCAUAUGCAGUUUCACAUUUGAAAUCCAUUUAAAUCGUAGCACUCUUGGAAUAGCAGCCCCCAGUGGAACAAUCGGUUAAACCUUUGUGCUGGCAGGACUGCUAAUUGAAAGGUCAGCAGUUUGAAUCCAGGGUCAGCUCCAGCUUCCCAUGCGGUGACAUGAAAGAAUCCUCCCACAGGAUGGUAAAACAUUCGGACGUUCCGUGGGCAACGUCCUUGCAGACUGCUAAUUCUCUCACACCAGAAGCAACUUGCAGUUUCUCAAGUCACUCCUGAUACAAAAAACAACCAAACUCCUAGAAUAAAUUGAAAGCUUAAUUCUUUGAUGUUUAACACAGUUACUUAGGAACAAGCAAUAUUUUGUUGUAGAGAAGAAGGUUGGACUUGAAAAACAGAAUAAUAAAAUGAGAUCUUACUAUGUGCAGAUGUUUCUUACUCUUAUCUAUCUAUCUAUAUUUAAAAGGUAAGAAAGACAUACCAUUGAUUGCAGCCUUGGAUAUGGUCAUAGUAUUUUUAUACAUUACUUGGGAACAGCAGUAAGAAAGGCAGAGUGUAUAACGUUAUCCUGUGUUUCUGGGAUUCUCUGUUGAGAUAUGGAAAUCCAUUGAGUAAUCUAGUAGGUCACACAUUCCCAGUCUUAGAGGCAAGCAGAAGCAAGCCUCCUUGGAAUAAAUCUUGCCAAGAAAAUCCAUAAUUUGCCAUAGAUUGGAGUUGACUUAACAAGAACAAUACCACAACAGUAAACAGAAAUACAGGCUGUAAAAUCCCUUUUAUACUGUAUAAAAGAAAAGAAAUCAGUUUUAUGUUAAAAACCACUGCUAGUAAUGUAACUGAUUCAAGGAUUACUUGUGUCUUGAAUGAAAAUUGUACUGUAAGUAUGUAGAAUCCAUAGAAAUAUAAUUGUUUUUUCCUUUGAAUAUUUUUGUGGGUUUCUUUGCAGAACAUGUUAAUUAUAAACAAAACCAUGGGAUCUAUAUUUGAGUCAGGAGCAGGAAUUUUUGUCAGCAGUUUCCCAUUUUUUUCAGUUCAUGUUUGCGAAAGGUUUUUUGUUGCAUCUGUUCGAUGUUUCAUGUUUUGCCUUAUGUCUGUUUUUUAUUUAAUUUUAGUUGUUAAGUCAUAAUUUUGUUUAUAUGGUAAAUUUUGUUAGUAUGGAUGUAUUGUAUUUGGGCAUUGAAUGUUUGCCUUUUAUGUUUGGAAUCUGCCCUGAGUCCCUCUGGGGAGAUAGAGCGGAAUAUAAAUAAAGAUUAUUAUUAUUAUUAUUAUUAAA